CGCGACAUUUGUGGUUUGCUUGUGCUUGUUGCUGAAGUUGAAAGCGAUUAGGUACAUGUAGUAUUGAUUUUUCAGUAGUGAUUAUACCAUCCGUCAGUUUGGUAUCAUAAUUUGUGAAAGGGUAAUUAUACAUUGCAAAUAAUAUACUUAAUCACAAUGGCUGAUAAAAUUCAACAAGCUGAAAAUCAUAUCAAAAAUGCUGAGAAGGCAUUGAAGUCGACUUUUUUUCGGUGGAAGCCUGACUAUGACUCUGCCGCAGAUGCGUUUACUCAAGCAGCUCAGUGCUAUAGAAUUGUGCGUGACCAAAAAAAAGUGAAAGAAUUUUACGCGAAGGCGGCGGAAUGUCACAUACGGAAUAAUGCGUUGUUCCAUGCCGGCAAGUGCUUGGAGACGGCAAUGAUGGCUUGCAAAGAAACGUGUGCCGCCGAUGAGAUUUUUACAAUGGCUUCGGAUGCAUCUACGUAUUAUCAACAAUAUGGGUCAGGAGACGCUGGUGCCGGCGUGCUUGAGAAGGCAGCCAAGAUUCUGGAGGAGAAUGAUCCAGAGAAAGCUGUUAAAUUAUAUCAGAUGGCGGCAGAUGUGUCGUCGACCGAGAGUAGUCAACAUCAAGGUGCGGAAUAUAUGCGCAAGUCUUCUCGGAUACUUACCCGUCUUGAACUGUUUGACCAAGCCGUGGACAGCUUGAGGCGUGAGAUUGGGUACAACUUGGAGCACGGCAACUACGGUGCGGUCGGCCGUCUCGUGGUCGCCAUUGUGAUAGUCCAGCUCGCUAGGGGAGACCCGGUGGCUGCUGAGAAGGCUUACAAGGAGUGGGGCAACAAUUGCGAGGCGGCCGAGUCCACUACUCUGGAGCAGUUGCUCCAAGCUUACGACGAGGAGGACCGCGCGGGGGCCAGGGCCGCGCUUUCGUCGCCUUUCAUUAGGAGCAUGGAUGUGGAAUACUCCAGAUUGGCCAUGACGGUCCCGCUGCCCGAGGGCAUUGAGCCGGCUCCGAGCGCCGGGGUCCGUGAGAACGCGGCGCCGUCUUACGUCAGCGCCAACGUAGCGGCUUCGGCCGGCCCGGCGCCGUCUUGCAGCGGCGCUGCGAAAUACUCGGAGGAUGGAGAAGAAGAGUCUCCGUACGAGGCAGUUACGUAUGACAACAAGAAGGCCGACGACGAAGACGGAUUAUGUUAAGAUGUAAGAUUGUAAAAGUCUAUAUUGGAUUCUGUAUGUUGCUAUAUGCACAAUAUGUAUAAACGAGAUGAGUGGCCAUUAUUAUGGGGCGUAGUGUUGUUGUUAUAAGUAGCCAUUAUUAUGAUCAAAAUGGUUUUUAGUCAGCCUAAUGUUAAUUAAUUGUAGUACUUGGACUUCUUUGUUAGUCAUUUUGAACUUUAUCUCUUAACAACUAAGCUAGUUAUCGCUCCCAGAUUGCUGCAGAGAACCAAAAUGUCGUCUGCUUCAAACUCAAGCUUUCUGCAUUUAGAUUAAGGUAUUGUAUUCAUUACUUUUAAGAAAGCUAUACUAGACAUCGAUUUUAGUAAAUAAAGGAAUCUACUUAUUUUCGCAUUUUUCAUGUGUCAUUCAUAAAUCGUUCUUUGUGUUUACUAUUAAAUAAGGUAUAUAUUUUUUACGUAAGCGGCACAGUUUCGCUACGUUUGUAUUCCAAGAGCAAUAAUGAAAAAUGUGAAUGAAGACCCUGUUUAGUAGGGCAUAAGCGACGUAGCUUAAUGUUGGAUUGGUGAUGUGGCAAUGCCAGCCUUAUGAGUAAAUUAGAAAGCAAAAUGAAUACCAUUUUGUUCUAUUGAUUAAGUACUAUUGGCAAAGAAGUAAAAACUAUUGAUCAUUUUUUUCAACAUUGGCAUCUUCGCUAAGGAUUGAUGGAAUAUAUGCGUAAAUUAUUUAUUGCCAUUGCUAUAAGUUUAAUUAUAGAAGGCUUGUUGACGUAUAAGGUUAUGGUGGUUAGGUCUACCAGAAUCUCAUGGCAAAUGGGGAAAAGAAAUUUUGUUGUUUUACGAUCUUGAUACCGUUUAGUUUUUAUUUAUGAUUUUAAUAUUAAUUAACUGGAAGUACGAAUAUACAUUUUAGGUCUGUGCAUGAAGAAUGUAGCAACAACAUAGGGAAAUAUUUCUUGAAAAAUAAGUACAGUAGAAUCUCGAUUUUCCGAGCUUCGAUUAUCCGGAUAUCCGAUUAUCCAGACUCAUUCUUCGGUUUAAAGAAUUUAAUCAUAAGGACAGGUAGUUCACUUACAAGAGAUCUCGUUUUUGAUCUACAUAAACGUGUUAACCACUAAAAAAAAAAUACAAACGAAAGUGGAAUUUUUAGCGAAUAUUUUCCGUGCGACAUCAACUGUACUGUGGCUCGCAAUACUGCAAUAGUUUAUACUGCGGCACCAUCGAGCUACGCGGAUCGCAAUAAUUGAAAACAAUAUUACCUAUUAACUCGUUUGAGAUGUAGUUAGGUGGCUUUUUCGACAUUUUCACAAAAAUAACAAAUGGUUAUGAAGAUAUCAUGCCAUAUUCUGGUAGACCUAUUACUAUUAUUUUCCGAAUAGUCCGGCAAAUGCUACAGUUUGCUGGUUAUUUUGCUUACGUAGUUUAGGAGUUGCCUACCUAUUUGUAUUUAAGAAUAAUUAUAUAAACGUUAUGUAUAAUAUCAAAUAUAAAUAUUAUGGUUGCUUAGUAUAAAGUUUAUAAAUUAUAUAUAUACACACUAUAUCGUGCGAGAUUGUUACAUUUAACUUGAAAGGUUUUAUUUUAUUGUUUGAUAAAUAUAUUUUUAUUGUAUCAACCUACUCGUACCUAACCUACUUCACUUUUGCAUUGUAGAUGCCGUCCAUUUUAUUUCCUAUUUGUAUUCAGGAAUCCUGUAGUAAAAAAUUGAUAAUGAUUCCUUUAACAGUAUAUUGUUAUGUUGCUCAAAAAUACUUCACAUAAAGUAACAUACUUUUUUAAACUUCAUAUUUUUUAGACUAAAUGCGUAGCUAUGCUAUAAUAAUUAUUGCUACCGCGUCACUUCUUUAGUAAAAUUAUUGUAGUUAUCAUUCAAUUUGUCUUUAAAUUAAAUUUCUAUUAAGUGAAGUUGUAUGUUGGCUUGUAAAUAUAGGGGGGUAUGGAACUAAUGAUACAAUUUUAAAAACUAUUACAUUGAGUAUAGUAUAAUUUUGAAGUAACUAUGAAGUUAGUGAGAUAUCUUUAGCAAAUUGUAAUGCGCUAGACUACUUUUGAGCACUUUGGCUCAAUAUAUAUUAUAUUUGGAGUAGGUAGAGUAAAUAAUCUAGGGUCAUCAUUUAGUCACAUUCACAUGUUUAAAAGUGUAAUUGGCUACAUGACUUGAUUAUAAAAGUUUUGUCAUUUAUGCGAAAAGUAGGAAGAUGACCCUUUUUAUGCAAAAAAAUAGCAUUUCAUAAUAAAUAAAAUAUACUUACGUGCCCAUAUCAACUAAGUGUAUUCCGCUAAGUAACUUGAUGUAUGAACAACAUACAAAAUCAUUAAAAAUCCCUGUACCUACUUCACAGCAUUGUGUGAUUCAUGUUAUUAAAAUUAUAUUCUAUGUAAGCAGCAGAAUAAAUGAA